AUGGCUCCAAAAGAGGUUGAUUCCGAGAAAUCGAUUAAGCUAUUUCUCAGCAUUGGUUUGGACGAGAAAACCGCCACCAAUACCGUCAACAACCCUAAGGUCACAACCAAUCUCACCGCCGUUAUCCACGAGGCUGGUGUCACUGAUGGGUGCGAUCGAACUACUGGCAAUCUGUUAUACACUGUCGCUACUAAGUUCCAUUCAAAUGCUCUUUCGCAUCGUCCUACAUUGUUCGAGUAUAUUGUCUCCUCUAAGAUCAAAACUCCAGCCCAAUUGGAAGCUGCGAUUUUGUAUUUUGACAAUACCGCUCCUGAGGAUUUCAAGCUAAAUGAAUUUGAGGAAGCAUGUGGUGUUGGGGUUGAGGUUUCCCUAGAAGAUAUUGAGAAAGCAGUUCGAAAAAUGUUUGAAGAGAAAAAGAAAACAAUAUUGGAGCAGCGUUACCGAACUAAUGAGGGUCAAUUACUUGGAUAUGUCCGGAAAAGUCUGCCAUGGGCAGAUCCGAAGAUUGUUAGGAAACUCAUAGAAGAAAAAAUGUUUGAACUUCUUGGUGAGAAAACUGCUGCUGAUAAUGAAAAACCUACAAAAAAGAAGGAAAAGAAGGAGAAACCUGCCAAAGCCGAGGAAAAGAAAGCCGCUGUGGAAGCUACCCCAGAGCCCUCUGAAGAGGAGCUUAAUCCAUAUUCUAUAUUCCCUCAGCCAGAGCAAAAUUUGAUGGUUCAUACAGAGGUGUUUUACAGCAAUGGCUCUGUGCUCAAAUGUAGCAAUAAGAGGGAAGUGCUCGAUAAACAUCUCAAAGUGACUGGAGGGAAAGUUUAUACCCGGUUUCCCCCUGAACCAAAUGGUUAUCUACAUAUUGGACAUGCUAAGGCUAUGUUUGUCGAUUUUGGUCUUGCAAAGGAGCGAGGAGGCUGCUGUUAUCUAAGAUUCGAUGAUACAAAUCCCGAAGCAGAAAAGAAAGAGUACAUCGAUCACAUCAAAGAAAUUGUUAACUGGAUGGGUUGGGAACCUUUCAAGAUUACGUACACCAGUGAUUAUUUCCAAGAAUUACAUGAUUUGGCAGUCGAGUUGAUUCGGAGAGGUCAUGCUUAUGUUGAUCAUCAGACUGCUGAUGAGAUAAAAGAGUAUAGAGAGAAGAAAAUGAAUAGCCCCUGGAGGGACAGGCCUAUUGAAGAAUCUCUUAGACUUUUUGACGAAAUGAGACGAGGAAUGAUUGAGGAAGGGAAGGCAACACUGCGAAUGAAGCAGGAUAUGCAGAAUGAUAAUUUCAAUAUGUAUGACCUUAUUGCCUAUCGUAUAAAGUUCACACCUCAUCCUCAUGCGGGUGACAAAUGGUGCAUCUAUCCGAGCUACGACUUUGCCCACUGUACUGUUGACUCUCUCGAGAAUAUAACUCAUUCGCUCUGUACUCUUGAAUUUGAAACCCGACGUGCUUCUUACUACUGGCUAUUACAUUCCCUUGAUCUCUACAUGCCGUAUGUGUGGGAAUAUUCACGGUUGAAUGUCACAAACACUGUAAUGUCCAAGCGUAAGUUAAACUACAUUGUGACAAACAAAUAUGUCGAUGGGUGGGAUGAUCCGCGUCUUUUGACACUUGCUGGUUUGAGACGGAGGGGUGUGACUCCUACUGCGAUCAAUGCUUUUGUACGAGGAAUGGGAAUUACCAGAAGUGAUGGUAGCAUGAUACAUGUGAGUCGUCUUGAGCAUCAUAUCAGAGAAGAGUUGAACAAAACUGCUCCCCGCACUAUGGUGGUGCUUAAUCCUCUUAAGGUGAUCAUCACCAAUUUGGAAUCAGACAAGGUUAUGGAGCUUGAUGCCAAAAGGUGGCCUGAUGCUCAGAAUGAUGAUCCCUCUGCAUUCUACAAGGUUCCGUUCUCUAAAGUUGUGUACAUUGAGCAAUCUGACUUUCGAAUGAAGGAUUCAAAAGAUUACUAUGGGCUAGCCCCUGGUAAAUCGGUCUUGCUAAGAUACGCUUUCCCAAUCAAGUGCACAAACGUUGUCUUUGCUGAUGACAAUGAAACCAUUCGUGAGAUUCAUGCAGAGUAUGACUCUGAGAAAAAGACAAAACCAAAGGGUGUUCUACACUGGGUCUCUGAAUCUUCCCCAGGAAAAGAGCCCAUAAAGGUUGAAGUCCGGUUAUUUGAGAAACUCUUUAACUCCGAGAAUCCGGCUGAACUCAAUGAUGAUUGGCUCACUGACAUUAAUCCGAACUCCAAAAUGGUGGUCUCUGAUGCUUAUGCUGUAUCAAUCCUUGACGGUGCUGCGGUUGGGGACAAAUUCCAGUUCGAAAGGCUAGGUUAUUUUGCGGUGGACAAGGACUCUGAACAAGGAAAGCUCGUGUUUAACAGGACUGUCACACUCAGAGACAGCUAUGGGAAAGGUGGCAAGUAA